AUGUAUAAACAUCCGUUUCCAACUCCAUGUCUACUAACGCCAUAUCAUUGUUCAUUACAUGAACAAUAUACAUUGACAAAAGAUCCAACAUCACUUUCAAAUGAGAUUAAUCAACAUUGUCUGAAUUUUGCUCAUGUAUGUGGAUUUGGACGAAAUUGUACCGAUAAUGAUCCUUUACAUUGGGAAAAAUGGAUUCAUGUGCCUCGUUGCCUUUGUUCAUAUGGUAAUAAAUGCACAAAGCUUGUUCAAGAAGAUCAUUUGAAUUCGCUUACACAUCCGAAUAUUCGUGAUAUUCGUUUUCUAUGCAAAUAUGCUGAUAAAUGUUACGAUCGUCGAAAUCCAAAACAUUUAACUAAAUUUCGACAUACAAUUACAUUUGAAGAUAGUGGUGUUGUUCGUUAUUAUAAUUUAAAUAAAAAUAUUGAUUUUGUUCAAAAUCAAAAAGAUAAUAUUGAACGAGUUAUGCGCUAUAUAAAAAAAGAAAAAUGGGAAACAUUAAAAAAUGGAUCAAUUCCACAAAAUAUCAUUAAUUGGAUACGUACUGUUCAACCUGUUCAUCGAUGUAAACCAGAAAUAUUCGAAUCAAUACUUCUUCAUGGACAUGUUAUGAGUCGAGAUCAUAUGGAACAAUUGAAAGAUCCAAGAUUUGUUGCUCAUUCUGUCCUCCACCACAGUCACCUACAACGAAUUAAAUAUUUAAGACAGAAAAAAUGUGCACAAGAUGUAAAAGAAUACAUUUACGAAUUAGUUAAAGAAGAAUUUGAAAAACAAGCCUCUGAUAACAAAAGUUCAAAUGAGACCACAACAAUGACUACAUCGUCGUCUUAUAUAGACAAUCAGCAGUAUCGUAAAGAAUUGAUUACGAACAAAGAAGUUAUUCUUUCAUAUAUUCUUUCUAAAGAAGAAAUAACAACAAUUAAACAAACAGCCAUUGAAAUAACACAAGCUUCUAUGAAACUUCUUUCAUAUCCAACUGGCUAUGGUUAUGGACCAGAUAAAGAUUUGGGAACAAAUAAAAACGUUUUCUCUAUCCUCGGACCAAAUUCAGGACAUUAUUAUGGUGAUAUAUUUAUUGUAUUUAAACGUGAAAUUCUUCAUCAUCCAGAUGCAAAUUUUUCUAUUCAAGCAGCAACAUCCUAUGCUAGUGGUAAUGCUUUUAAAUGGCGUCCAUGGUUGGGUAUUGAUCCAGAUUCGAAAGAUGAUCGAAUCAAAUUAUUUCAUAAAACAAAAUUACAUGCAUCAGUAACAGGUUAUGAAUAUGCAACUGCUCUUGAACUUAUUGCUACAACAAGUUAUUAUUUACAAAAGAAAUCAAUGAAUAUUGAUUUAGAAACAAUACUUAAUCGUUGGAUUAAUUCUGAUUCUCAUGCAAAUAUUGAAGGUCAUUUACCUCAACUUAUUCCACUAGAUUAUAUUGAUCAUAUUUAUAUGCCACAAAAUAUAUUUGAUUCAUUUGAUGAUAAGACUCGUCAGACAAUAAAAUCUAUAUUUGAAAAUCGUAUUACUAAAACAUCACAUGAAAUUGAAAUGAACCAAUUUGGACCAAAAUUUGGUCCAAGACCUGAUUCAAAAAUUCGAGCAGAAUAUCAAGAUUUUGUAAUAAAAGAUUUAAUUGAAAAAUUUGGUCAACGUGAUAUUCAUUCUAUUUCAAGACCUAUUCAAGGUAUUGUUAUAACAAUACCAUCAACGGAAUUUACUGAUAAUUUUCUAUUACCAUUAACAAUUUCACAAGCAUAUAAACAAUAUAAAAUGAGUCAUAUAAAAGUAUCGACUAAUGUAAUAGUUUAUAUCUAUUGGCAAGUUAUGAAUGGAGAUAUGAUGUUAACAUUAUCAAAUGAACAAAUUGAUACAGGAAAAUCACAAGGAAAUUUACGUUGUUUAAUAUCUUAUAUAGCUGAAAAACCUUCAACAAAAGAUUGUCAUUAUUAUGAAAAUGUUUCUUAUUUACAUAGUGGUCGACCAUUUGAACAUGAAAUAGUUGUUAGUGAACGAAAAUAUUCAGCUAGAUCUAGAUCAUUUUUUAUUGGAUGUAAUACAGAUGAUUUUAUGACAUUUUGUCUUGAAAUUGAAUAUUCAACAGGAAAAGUUAUUUUAUCUCAUUCAGGUUCAAAUUCAAUUUAUAAUCAUGAAAAAAUUUCUUCAACAUUUUCUAAAUCAACUCUUGAUCUUACUGAAUUAAAUUUUAUUUAUAUUAGUGCUGGAGCUCGUACAGUACCUAUUCGAAAUUUAUUUAUCACUUUCGAGAAACAAAAGGAUUUACAUCCAACGUUCGACAGAAAUUUUGCAAAAAGUUCAUCGUUGUUACCCAGAAGAAUGUCAUCUAUUACACAAGAUAAGAUUGAUAAUAAUAAAUCGUCUUUGCAGACAUCCGAUGGCAAAGAUAAAAAAUCAGUUGGCUUUGUUAGUAGCGUGAUAGAUAAAGCCAUUCAAGUGAAGGACAAAGUGAAAGAUUUCUUCGAUGAUGGCAAUGACUCAUCUUUAAAACCAUGUUCUGAUGGCAUUUAUUGUCUUAUUCAAUAUUCCGAUGAAGGACCAACUCAUAAUUCAAAAUUUUCACAUCCAUGUCGUUUUUCUGAACUGUGUCGAGAUCCAGAACCUCAUCUGACACAUAUACCUCAUCAAGUACCUCGAUGUAAUUCUGACAGAAUUUGUAAAGACUUAUGCAAUCCAAUUCAUCGAGCUGAAUAUCGUCAUACAGGUUGGCCAGAUUUUCUUAUUCCUUGUCGUGAUCAAGAAAAAUGUCGUAACCGAUCGGAUCAACAUCGGAUAAAAUAUUCACAUGGUGAACGUGUUAUUGAAACAAUAAGUACAAUUGAAUUACAAGCAUCAUCAGAUUCCGAACAAUCAUUACAACGACAGGAUCAUAAUCUUAAUGAACGCAAACCUUGCAAAUGGGGAUUAAAAUGUCGAGAUAUUUUAGAUUCUCAACAUUGCAAUCAGUAUUCUCAUUCAGAUAUUGUUCCGCAACAGAAUGAUGCCCGUAUUCGUUGUAAGUGGGGUGUACAAUGUCAUGAUCAAACUAGUACUCAUCGAAUGAAAUAUGCUCAUCCUUGA